CCUCCUCCCUGUGUGGAUGGCCGCGGCCUGAGUCGGAGCCCCAGCCACGCUGCCCAGACAAUGUCCCUGACUGUUUGACCAGACCACAAGCUCAUCCUGAAGAUGUGUUCUACAAACCCAGGCAGCUGGGUCACCUUCGAUGAUGACCCUGAUUUUCAGUCUUCUCAGAAGCCUAAGGAUUUUCCUCUGGAGACCCAAGGUGUUUGUAGACCAAAUGGACUGAAGCUGAACCUGCCUGGCCUCCGGGACCUUCCUAGUGGCCCCUCCUCCACCAGCAGCACCCCCUUGUCUUCCCCCAUGGUCGACUUUUACUUCAGCCCUGGACCCCCAAGCAACUCUCCUCUUUCUACACCCACCAAAGACUUCCCAGGGUUCCCUGGCAUCCCGAAAGCAGGGACUCAUGUGCUUUAUUCCAUUCCAGAGUGUCCUUCAAGCAGUCCCCCCACAGCAGUGGGAGCACCGACCUGCCCACCCCACGCAUCCUCACCCAGCGACCACUCUUGCACUCAACUGGCUUCCAGAGCCGCCCUUGCAGAUGGUGCCAGCCCUCAGCGGGUCCGAAGCGAACCUCUCCAGUUUGAGUACUUUCAGGAUGACUGUGCUUUUUCCAACCCAUGUUGGCAAGAUGAAGGUAGCUCUUCUCAUUUCCCCUUUGACUCUCUGGCCAGCAGAAAGCCAUUCUCACCGAGGGAAAAGGAGGUGCCCAUCGAUCAAAAAAGCCUAAACCAAUGCUCCCUCAGCUACAUCUGUGAGAAGCUCGAACACCUGCAGUCAGCGGAGACCCAAGACCCUGCUGGAAAUUUGUCUACACAGAGUUCAUAUUCUGGAGACACUGUCUCUUCUUUUGUCCCACACACGCUCUUCCGAAGUCAACCCAAAGCUGGGUGGUCCUUCAUGCUGAGGAUUCCUGAGAAGAAGAACAUGAUGUCUUCCCGGCAGUGGGGACCCAUUUUCCUAAAGGUUCUACCAGGAGGGGUCCUGCAGAUGUUUUAUGAGAAGGGGCUGGAGAAGCCAUUCAAGGAGUUCCAGCUCGAUCCACACUGUAGACUUUCUGAGCCCAAACUCGAGAACUUCAGCAUGGCGGGCAAAAUCCACACCGUGAAGGUGGAACAUGUGUCCUACUCAGAGAAAAGGAAAUACCAUUCCAAGACAGAGGUGAUCCACGAGCCCGAUGUGGAGCAGAUGUUGAAGCUGGGGUCCACGGAGCACCGUGACUUCCUUGAGUUCUUGACUACUGUAGAGGAGGAGCUCAUAAAGCUGCCGGCUGUUGCAAAACCAAAGAAAAACUAUGAGGAACAAGAAAUUUACCUAGACAUCGUGGACAACUUUUGGGGUAAAGUUACCAGAGAAGACGGGAAGUUGGUGGAAAGUGCUGUGAUAACUCAGAUCUGUUGUCUCUGCUUUGUGAAUGGGACGGCUGAAUGUUUCUUAACUUUGAAUGACCUUGAGCUCCAGAAACGAGAUGAAUACUACUUUGAGAAAGAUUCAGGAAAAGGGGGAAUUGAUAUUCUUAACUACCAUUUCCACACGUGUGUGAAAGCUGAGGAAUUCGAACAAUCCAGAAUCAUUAAGUUCAUCCCUCUAGAUGCUUGCCGGUUUGAGCUGAUGCGUUUCAAAACCCAGUAUGGAGAGGAUGAGCUUCCCUUCUCAGUGAAGUCCCUAGUGGCUGUCCAGGGAGCGUGUGUGGAGCUUCAGGCCUUCGUCAACAUGACCCCAGCAGCUCAGAGGUCACCCCAUGCCAGUUCCUCGAGGUGCUGUGACAAUGUCAUGAUUCACUUCCCUGUCCCAGCCCAGUGGAUCAAGGCCCUCUGGACCAGGAACCUUCAGAGGCAGAAGUCCCUGAAAGCCAAAAUGAACCGUCGGGCAUGUCUGGGGAGUUUACAAGAGCCAGAGUCUGAACCUGUCAUUCAGGUCACUGUGGGAUCGGCAAAAUAUGAGAGCGCCUACCGGGCUGUGGUGUGGAAGAUAGAUCGACUUCCGGACAAAAACUCAAGUCCUGAUCAGCCCCAUUGUCUGUCAUACAAGUUAGAGCUUGGAUCAGACCAGGAGGUUCCCUCGGACUGGUAUCCGUUUGCUACCGUGCAGUUUUCAGUGCCCGAAGCCUGUGCGUCCGGGACAGAGGUGAGGGCCCUGGGAGUGGAGAGCGACAUCCAGCCUCAGAAGCAUGUGUGCCGGCGAGCUUGCUUCAACAUCCAGGUUGAAAUAGAAACAAAGUGGAUUCAGACAGAUGGAGAAGACCCAGAUAAAGCCAGUGGCUGCGUGACUCAGUAAAUGACGAGACUCCCCAUGUGUCCCCCCAUGCCCCCCACCCCCGGUCAUCCUAUAGACAGGGCAAGAAGUUCUGCUACUGUAUGGUGGGACUGAGUUCUGAGUGUGGAGAACUGUAAGCCCCAAAGCAGGCUGUCUGCAUGUUACUCUUCUGAUGUUUUCGCUCUGUGUCCACGGGCUGUGUCCAUGGCUCGUGGCAGUUUCAUCUUGUUGAAACCCAGAGGCUUGUUAUCUGGUGUGAGACCUGCUGGCUAGUGUGGCUGAAGAGUAUUUGGGUUUGAUGACUCGGUGACUUUGUUUUGUAAUCUGGGUUGUGAUACCCCUUCUCUUCUUGCUUUCUGUAUGGAACAGUUUGAAGGGAUUAGAAGGAUUAGGAGAUGUGUCUUUGUUGGAGGAAGUGUGUCACUGGGGGUAGGAUCUGGGGUUUCAAAAGCCCAAGCCAGGCGCAGUCUCCUCACUCUCUCUGCCUGCGGAUCAGGAUGUAGCUCUCGGCUACUGCUCCAGCUCCAGCGCCACGAGUGCCGUCAAGCUCCUCCCCUGCCUCUGCCGUGAUGUACUAACCCUCUGAAAAGGUGAGCAAGCCAGUGAGCAGCACUCCUCCCCGUUCUCUGCGUCAGCUCCUGCCUCCAGGUUCCUGCCCUGCUUGAGUUCCUGUCCUCACUUCCUUUGAUGAUGAACUGUGAUCUGGAAGUGUAAGCCAAAUAAACUCUUUCCCCCCAAACUUGUUUUUGUCAUGGUGUUUCAUCACAGCAACAGUAUUCCUCACUAGGUCAGUUAGCAUGUGGCCGACCAGGAAAGGUAGCCAAAGAGAUGGAACCUCAAAUCUGCGAUGCCUCCUGUACAGCCCUGACGUGUGGUUAGGUGAAGAGAGGUGCUGAAGACAUGGACUGAAAUGGAGGUUUGGAGGUGUCUGUGGUUUUGCACGAUCUAUGGUCCCAUCCUCUGACGACACUGGGAAGUCAUC